AUGGAUUGCCAAGAAAAUGAGUACUGGGACCAAUGGGGACGGUGUGUCACUUGCCAACUGUGUGGACCUGGACAAGAGCUCUCCAAGGAUUGUGGUUAUGGAGAGGGUGGAGAUGCAUACUGCACAGCCUGCCCUCCUCGCAGAUACAAAAGCAGCUGGGGACACCAUAGAUGUCAGACUUGCAUCACCUGUGCUGUCAUCAAUCGUAUCCAGAAGGCCAAUUGUACAGCUACCUCUAAUGCCAUCUGUGGGAACUGUCUGCCCAGAUUCUACCAAAAGACACGUAUUGGAGGCCUACAAGAUCAAGAAUGUAUCCCGUGCACAAAGCAGACACCCUCCUCUGAAGUUCAGUGUGCCUUCCAGCUGAGCUUAGUGAAGGCAGAUGUACCCACAGUAUCCCCUCAGGAGGCCACACUUGUUGCACUGGUGAGCAGUCUGCUCGUGGUGUUUACCCUGGCCUUCCUGGGGCUCUUCUUCCUCUACUGCAAGCAGUUCUUCAACAGACAUUGCCAGCGUGGUAAGGAGAUAAUUGAGGGUGACCCUGUGUCAGGUAGCCUCAAUCUGAUACCCCAAUGUAAACGAAGUUCGCUUCAGUAUGAGGCUGGCGAGACAGCAGAGGAGGAAUCUCUCUUCCCCAUACCACCUGGCCAGAAGACCAGCCCUGAGUCCCCACUGAGUGAAAGCAUAUUUGAGACCCAGCCACUUAAUUCCAUCCUAGAUGACAACAGCAGCUCAACUCAUGGCUUCCCCAUACAAGAAUCUUUUACCUUGGCCUCCUGUGCCUCAGAGAGCCACUCCCACUGGGUCCACACUCCCAUUGAAUGCACAGAGCUGGACCUGCGAAAGUUUUCCAGUUCUGCUUCCUAUACUGGAGCUGAGACGUUAGCAGGAAAUGCAGCUGAAAGCUCUGGAGACAGGCCGGAGCUCACUGUGCUCUUUGAAGUCCUCAGCCCUUAA